UCGGUCAUUUCAAGACUUUUCAAAUUAAUCUGUUCAUCAAAUUACAACGUUGAAUAGCCGAAAUUAUGCUCUAGCUCUGCGGGCGAUUUCAUCAUAGAUUAACAUUCCUUUUAUAUCUCCGAUAUAAGUCGAUUUACACAAUCAUUUUUGGCACUUAACCCACGUCUAAAUUUCGUAAGUGUAAGAUAAAAAAAGGAGCGGAUAAUUUAUUCGAAUGAUUGGUCAGUGUGAAAGAGGAUCUGGAGAUCACGACUAGUGUGACAUGAUUGCAGUAAGUAGAAAGCACCUUCUUUAUCCAAAGAAAUCAAUGCGAAUCUGCAAAUCCUUAAGUCGGAUUGGUCGACGAUUUGUGUGGGAUUCAGCGGCAACCCUUAUAGAUCGACGAAGCAGAUCCAUGAUUCAAUCGUACUUGUGUCGACUUGAGUUGAAACUCGUAGAAGCCAGCCUUACACGCAAUCUACUUCGAAAGGAUGUUUUGGUGUUAUAACUUUCUGAUCUUUCUUCUUCUACUAGGCGACACAUAUGGCGGCAUAUCAAAGAGCAGAGUACGACGCCAAGAUUCACCAACACAAAGUGGUCAGUUGAUAGACAGUAUCUUCAAUAUUCCAAUCACAGCGAUUAGACAAACCGCUUCAGCCGUCCAAAUUAUUUCGCCAGGGAACACGCAGAGAAUUGACAGUAUUGUUAAGAUCCCUGUCUCAACUUUACAAGCUAUCGGCACAUUUGUAAAAACUACAAGAGAGCAGGGGCAACAAAUUCCGGAUAAUAUUCAAGCUCGUCAAGAGAGGAGAGAACGGAUUUUGGCUCUAAAAGAGCAGAAAAGAAAGCGAAAAGAGGAAAUUCAAAAUCAGCGAUUACUGCAGCAACAAUUGAAGAGAACUGUUAGACAUCAUCAAAAGGAUCCGCUUGGAUUAAAUGCAUGGAGUAAUCUUUUGGUUGGACAUCACGCUGAUGGACUUUUAGGCCAUUAUUCUGGAUUGGGUGGCCGGCGUCACAGAGAUCAUAAAAUUGGUCAGGGCCUUCACAAACCUGGAAUUCAUCAUGGCAUUCAUGGUGGAUAUCUGGGAAAUCAUCCGCAGCAUACCUACGAAGUGCAUGAGAAUGUUAAUGAAGAUACAUCUUUCUCUUGGCACGGUUUGACAGCAGGAUUUAGCACUUUCACUGGAAUCCGACCUUCUAAUAUUUCUAUUAAAAUUGAAAAUAAAGUCGCUCCUAAGGAGAAUAUUAAAAAUAAAUUGGCGCAAGAAUAUGACGAUCCGUUGGAAAAUAAAAUUGCUCCUAGAAAUGGAAGAGUAACAUUUGUGCAAUAAUGAUGUAAAUAUCUAAUAAUGAUGUAUCAGAUAUAAACUUAUUCUUAUUGUUAGUUACAAAUACUCACCAAACAUUGCUCACAUUCAUAAUUUUCUAUACUUAUUCUCAUAAGAAUUUUUAAA